AGUCGCCUCCGAACGUGCUCGUGGGGUGAUUCUCCCUCAGGAGCCGCCGCCGCCGCCGCCGCGAUGGUGAAGCCGCGCUUCAAGGGCCGCGCCAGCCUCAACCCGUCGGGGGCCAGCACCAACCCCGAUCGGCCAGCUGGUGCCGGAGGGCACAACAUGAGGGACCGGGCAACCAUCCGGCGUCUUAACAUGUACCGGCAGAAGGAACGCAGGAACAAUCGUGGGAAACUGGUCCGGCCGCUACAGUUCCAGUCCACAGUGGCACCAGGCACAGUAGCAAGAGUGGAGCCCAACAUUAAAUGGUUUGGAAACACGCGUGUGAUCAAGCAGUCGUCCCUCCAGACGUUCCAAAAAGAGAUGGAGACCGUGAUGAACGACCCUUACAGAGUGGUCAUGAAACAAAACAAACUGCCCCUGUCUCUCCUCAAUGACCGAAUUAAGCCUCACAAUUCCAAAGUCCACAUUCUUGACACAGAAACAUUUGAAACAACAUUUGGCCCCAAAUCGCAAAGGAAGCGACCAAACCUUUUGGUGAGUGAUAUGCAGUCUCUAGUGGAAAAUGCCGCAGCUGAGGCCAGCAACUACAACCAAGACAAGGACCGGGAUCUGGUGACAGAAGAUACUGGAGUGAGGGAGGAGGUGCGAGAGGAGAUCUACAAGAAGGGGCAGUCCAAGCGAAUCUGGGGAGAACUUUACAAGGUGAUCGAUUCAUCAGAUGUCAUUGUGCAAGUGCUGGAUGCCAGAGAUCCAGUGGGGACUCGCUCCCCACAUGUGGAGGCCUACCUGAAGAAGGAGAAGCCCUGGAAGCAUCUCAUUUUUGUCUUGAACAAAUGUGAUCUUGUGCCUACAUGGGCCACGAAACGUUGGGUUGCUGUUCUCUCCCAGGAUUAUCCGACCUUGGCCUUUCAUGCCAGCCUCACAAACCCCUUUGGAAAAGGAGCUUUCAUCCAGCUCUUGAGGCAGUUUGGAAAGCUACAUGUGGACAAGAAGCAGAUCAGUGUGGGCUUCAUCGGCUACCCCAAUGUGGGAAAGAGCUCUGUGAUCAACACGCUCCGCUCCAAGAAGGUCUGCAGUGUGGCUCCCAUCGCUGGCGAAACCAAGGUGUGGCAGUAUAUCACCUUGAUGCGCCGCAUAUUCCUCAUUGACUGCCCAGGAGUGGUGUACCCCUCAGGAGACACGGAAACAGAUAUUGUGCUGAAGGGAGUGGUUCAAGUAGAAAAAAUCAAGAGUCCGGAAGACCACAUUGUUGCAGUGCUAGAGAGGGCCAAGCCAGAAUACAUCAGCAAGACGUACAAAAUAGACUUCUGGCAGAAUGCGGAGGACUUUCUUGAGAAACUGGCCUUCCAGACUGGGAAGCUACUCAAGGGGGGUGAGCCUGAUGUGCGCACAGUCAGCAAGAUGGUGCUGAAUGACUGGCAGAGGGGCCGCAUCCCCUUCUUUGUCAAGCCCCCAAAUAUGGAGCAGGGCCCACAGCCCACAGCAGCUGCCUUGGAAGUACCCACAGCCACCAGUAAGAACAAGAGCAGUGCGGAGAGCACUGGGCCAACAGAGAUACUUGAAGAGCAGGCCAAGAGGGAUGGCUGCCCCAGCUUAGCAGCAACCCAGUGGUCCCACGUGCGGCAGAACUUUGGGAAGAUCAGUGUGGCUCCUCAGUUCUCACAAGAAGACCUGGUCCCUGUGGAUGUGGAGUAUGUGGAGGAGACAGACAGUGAUCCAGAGGAAGGGGAGAAGGAUAGCAAAGAGGAGGAGGAGCAGCAGCAGCAUUGCCAGCUUGGCAGGGCAGCCAAAAAGGAGGGCACUAGGCAAGACACAAAAGCAGUGCUGCAGUUGCUGGAUGAGAAGAUUGCCAAAUACAAGAGGUUCUUGGACAAGGCCAAAGCCAAGAGGUUCUCAGCCAUAAGAAUCCCCAAAGGGCUGAGUGAAAAAGUGUUUGCAAACUCAUUAUUAGACUCUGUGGCUGUUGCAACUGACGAAGCUGGAGGGAGUCUGAGGAAAGUCAAGAAAAGGAAAGAACAAGAGGAAGAGGAUCAGGACCUGGAUAGCAGUCCGGCGAAAAGGCCUUGCACAAAACAGAGUUCAAAGGAGAGGAGAAGAGUAGAGCGUCGGCAGCACUCAAAGAAAGUUGGUGUUCGAUAUUAUGAUACUCAUAAUGUAAAGAACAAAAACAGGAACAAAAAGAAACACAAUACUGGAGGACAAAAACUGAAAACUUAAGAGAAAUAAACAUAAGCAGUAGUUUCUGA